GCCGCGCAGCCUGAUUUCCAGGAGGAGCAGCAGGAAGUCGAGUCCGGUGAGAGCGACUCGUGCUCCACGGUCGACUCCGAGGACUUCGCGUACCCGCGUGGUGCCGGAGGGGGCCAGCCGCGCGUCGACGAGGCGCUCGACGAGGUGGUCGCCGCGGCUUCCGCGGAUGCAGUGACGGCGCCCGCUGCGCCCUUCGAGCCCGUUCCAGAGCUGCGCCAAGGUGAGAUUACCGACGCGGCGCAGGCGCAGGCCGAUGCCCUGCGAGCCGAUCCUGCCGACGCGGCCCCACAGGCUGCUCCGCCUGAGGCUGCUUCGCCUCGGCGGUCGGCGAUGCAGAAGGCGCAGAUCGUUUUUUUUAAUAAUAAAAAAAAGCAGAAGGCGCAGAUCGUGAGGCCUGUCACGGACAUCCGGGCGGCGGACGCAGCAGUCCGCCUCCUUGCGCAGAGCCUGUCCAGGAUGGAGUCCAUGCCGUCCUGCAUGGAGAAGGCGGGCCCAUGCUCCUCGCUG